AUGGCUGAAAAAACGAGUACUUUAAUUUUGAAAGACUUAAAAAAAGCUGGAUAUUUCAACUUAUCUGUCGACUCAACACCAGAUCUUUCACACGUUGAUCAAUUAGCGGUUAUUGUCAGAUAUGUUUCACCCGACGACGGUUUCCCAAUCGAACGCUUUUUAACGUUCUUGCAAUUAAAUGGUCACUGUGGAAAAAAUAUAGCUAAUGUCGUACUUAAUUAUCUUGAGAAUAAUUGCAAAAUUGACUUUAAUAAGUGCAGAGGACAGUCAUAUGAUAACGCUGCCAAUAUGUCAGGAAUGUAUAAUGGCAUGCAGAAAAUCCUUCUGGACAAAAAUAAAUUUGCUGUAUACAUUCCAUGUGGUGGGCAUUCACUAAAUCUUAUUGGUCAUGCCGCAGUUGAUUGCUGCUUACCCGCGGUAAAUUUCUUUGCUAUUAUACAGCAAGUAUAUACAUUUUUCUCUGCUUCUACAAAACGUUGGACUGUUUUAAAAUCGUGUUUGGUCUCUGACUCAACGAUACCAAAACGACUUUGUGAUACUCGAUGGGAGACACAUGCAAAAGCUGUUUCAGCUAUAUCCGAUGGUUAUGAAUCGAUUAUUGAUGCUCUUCAUUGCUUGUAUACAAACGAGUAUGAAAAAGGUGAUACACGACGAGAAGCUGGUAUUCUUCAGGAAAAAAUGGAGGAAUUAGAGUUUGUAUUCAUGUUAGAAUUUUGGAAUCGUAUAUUAAAUGAGUUUCAUAAAACCAGUAAAGCUCUGCAAGAUUCAAAAAUAUCCCUCAGUACCUGUGCAAAGCUCUAUUCAUCGCUAUUACAGUUUUUAAAGAAAAACCGAGAAAGUUUCGAUGAAUUUGUAGCUAGAGCUAAAGAACAUUUACCUGAUGUGGAUUAUAAAGCUGAAAAUCAGCGUCAAAGACGUAGGAAACAAGUCGUUAACGAUGGAAAUGUACCUAAUGUUGAUGAAGUUCUUUCGGCAAGAGAUAAAUUUCGCAUAAAAGCGUUUAUUGUUAUGAUGGAUACGCUUGAAACAAACUUACAGAAAAGAGCACUAAUUUACCAAAAUAUUGCAGAGAAGAUUUCUUUCUAA